AUGACGACAACGCGGAGGCGCGAUGGAAAACAACAAGUAUCUGGUGAGAUUCUAGACAUUUUACUUUCCUUUUAUUUGCUUGGCGGUGAUGAUGAGCUCAAGCUUAUAGACUGCAAAAGGCUUCCCCAGCACACCGGCCUCAACCUUGUUGACGUUUUAGCGGCUGAAUACCACCCAGAGUUAAAGGUGCAGUCAGAGAUGGAGGUGGGUGAUGACAAACCUGAAGGGUGGGGGGUGUGGGAUGAUGAGAUAGAAGACAUGAAAGUGAAGUACAUGAUUGGUCUUAUUGAAACCGGACAUACAUUCAAGAAGUCAGAUUGGGGUGGAGGUGAUGCUAAGGAGGUUUUGUAUAACCAUGUUGAGUAUCUCAGAAGUCAGGAGGCAGCCAAAAAAAGAAAGAGGGGGGUUGAAAAUGGGAAGAGGAUAAUUGGUGGACAACCCGUAAUGAAACAGAAGAGGCUGAGUACUUAUUUCAAGAAACCUCGUUUGGAGGAUGAUGAUAGGAUCAAGGAACUUACUGAUCGAGUAGAGCGGCUAGAGAAAUUGGUAGAGAUACUAACGAAGAAAAUUCGUAGGAGGAAGAGGUCAGGGUUCACCCCUAGGAAGGAUGAUGAUGAUAGCCGUCGUGCAGAAGGUUUCAUAGGUGGAAGUCCUGCAUUUGAUGUUGGCGAGGGGAGUGCUCCUGAUUUGGUAGUAGAAGAUUUAGGGGCACAGGCCCGAAGCGUGAAAGAUGAGAGUAGUCGAGAUGAAGUGCCUAUGGAUGAUAUGCCAAUAGAGGUUGAGCCUAUGGAUGAGAAAUAUUUAGAAGCCGAGGCGGAGGAAAGUGAGUCAGCUGGGGCAGUUGAAACUAGGUCAGCAAAUCAGGGUGACGAUGGAUUAGGGACAGAGCCUGGUGAUGUUGAUGAGGCUGAUGUGGAAGGAGAGUCGAAGGACAGUGAGUCUUCUGGGGCGGUUGAUAGUACGUCUCCUCCAAAUGAAGAUGCUGUGGAGGAAGAGAAUGCUGUGGAGGAAGAGGUGGAUGGCAGUGGGUUAUCUGAGCCAGAGGAUGAGGAUUCGGUGGUUGAAGAGGCGGAUAGCUGUGAGUUCUCUGAGGAAGAGGAAGAGGCGGAGUGUAGUGAGUCGUCUGAUAGAGUAGAUGAUGAUGCUGUGGAGGAAGAGGGUGAUUGUAGUGAGUCCUCCGGGCUUUCUGACGUGGUCAUGCCACUUAAGGAAGGUGAUGGGGUUCCUAGACAGUGGGUUGGUGAAGGAAUGAAAGGUUAUCGUGGUGCUACACUUUACCGGGCUACGACCAGUAACUCAUUCUACGUAACAGAUGAGGAGGUACGUGAAAAUAUUAGUUUUGUUUUCGACGCUGAGUUGGGUGCGAAUGAGAGAGUUACAUGUCUGAGCGACUCGUCAUCAUGUGAACGUAGUGAGAAGCAUAAGCUAGAAGAGUCAGAAGGGAAUCUGGCUGCUCUAUUGUUGGCGAAGGCACCGUUUAAACUGACAGAGAUCGUUCCGGCGAUGGAGGACCCGGACUUUGUUUUUUUUGAGCAAGUGCUGAUGUCAAAUCCAAAAGUAUUGCAUUUAGGAGCUGGUAAAUAUGAUUUGGAUAAUGAGUUUUUCCUAGAUCUGGCAACUCCACAGAAGUGGGUGUCGAGCAAGCAUAUUGAGGUUUUGGUAGACUUUAUUAGUCAGAGGCAUCAUGAUUUAUUGGCGGAGAGGAGGGCUAUGUUUGUCGCACCAUGGUUUAUGGACCGCCUAGCUAGCAAAGCGAGGGCCUUUAAUGCUGCAACCUACAAGGAUAGAAGCCUUAGACCAUUUGAUGCUGUGAUUCGUAUAAUGGGUCCUAUAGGUAAGAUGCUACCUUACUUAGUGCGCAAGCUGGCGGCAACUGAGGUUGAGGAGUCGGAGAUUGAGGACCUGACAGACGAGUUGGUUGACUAUUUCCGUAAGCGGUUUGCCAUUGAUGUGUACAAGGAGUGGAUAGUUCCCUUGUACAUGGGGGCGAUGAACUAG